AUGAAUGUAGACUCCAGGUAUCUCAAGAAUAUUCAGGACAAGAAGGAAAGUAGUUGGAAGAAAGCAAACUGUUGCGGGUUGCGUCGCCUCGUCGCGGCGCCGGAGACCUCGCGGGGAGGGAAAGUGAGCGGACCGGUUCCCGCGGGAGCGAGCGACCUUAUAGCGCCGAGGCGGGGCUGCCGGGCUCAGAUCCCUCUGGCCCACAGCUGGGAGCUGCUCGUCGUAGCCAUGCAUCUGCAGCUGCUGGUGGUCGGGCUGUGCGCCGCCGCGGGCGCCCUCAAGCUGCCCUCGUACAUCACGCCCUGCCGCUACGACGACCCGGAGCUGGACGCCUGCGCCCUGCGGGAGGCCAGGAAGGCCCUGAAGACCGUCGUGGGCGGCGACAGGAAGUACCGCAUCCCGAACCUGGAGCCGCUGCUCAUCCAGGAGCUGAAGGUGGACCAGAGCAACGGCGGGCGAGCCAUCGGCUUCUCCUUCGUGGCCUACAACUGCAGCAUGUCGGGUCUGUCCGACGUCACGGUGCAUGCUGUGCGGCUCGACCUGAAGGCCAGACACGUGGAGUACGACCUUGAGUUCCCGCGGCUCGAGGUGAAGGCCGACUACACGGCGAACGGCAAGGUGCUGCUGCUGCCCAUCACCGGGACAGGCAAGGCCAACAUCACCAUCGUCGACGCCAAGGCCACCUACAGGUACAACUACACGCUGCACAAGAAGGCGGACGGAGACUACAGCGAGAUCACGGACAACAAGCUGGACUUCAGGCUGGACGGACGCGCCCACGUGCACCUGGACAACCUGUUCAACGGAGACCAGGUCCUCGCGGACAACAUCAACGAGGUGCUGAACGACAACUGGCAGGACCUGGUGAGGGACGUGGGCCCAGCCAUCGCCGAGGCGCUGGGGCAGCUCAUCAAGCUGGUGCUGGGGGGCAUGUUCGACACCGUGUCCAUGCAGGAGGCCUUCCCGGGCCACCCUUCGUCCUAGAGCGCGCUUCGGACGUCUCCGUCAUUACUCGCCCAUCUUCGGGAGUCUCCGUCAUCACUCGUCCCUAUUCGGGCGUCUCCGCCAUCACUCGGCCAUCUUCGGGCGUCUCCGCCGUCACUCGGUCAUCUUCAGGCGUCUCCGUCAUCACUCGCCCAUCUUCGGGAGUCUCCGUCAUCACUCGUCCCUCUUCGGGCGUCUCCGCCGUCACUCGGUCAUCUUGGGCGUCUCCGUCAUCGCUCGCCCAUCUUCGGGAGUCUCCGUCAUCGCUCGCCCAUCUUCGGGCGUCUCCGUCAUCACUCGGCCAUCUUCGGGCGUCUCCGUCAUCACACGCCUAUCUUCGGCCGUCUCCGUCAUCACUCGCCUAUCUUCGGGCGUCUCCGUCAUCACUCGUCCAUUUUCGGGCGUCUCCACCAUCACUCGGCAUCUUCGGGCGUCUCCGUCGUCACUUGCCCAUCUUCGGGUGUUUUCGGGCGUUUUCGCCGUCACUUGACCAUCUACGGGAAACUUUGGGCAUCUUCGUCGUCACUCGACCAUCUACGAGAGACUUCGGGCGUCUCCGCUCGCCGCUUCAGGACGUUAUUAACUGCAAAUCUAUAUAUUUUGGUUUUACGAUAGUUACCACUAUGUUUCUAGAACACUUUAAGUAUUGUAUACCUGACACACAAUAAAGUUCACAGUAACCAAAGCAAGUAACAUUAAUUUUAACUUUCAAGCAAAAUAAUGCAGUAUUUUUAACACAUAAAAUUAAUCUAAUAUUCGCUGUAUCUGUGCGAACAUAUAAUGUUAUUCCUUUUAGCUCGGUAUUAUUGCCCAACUUAUUUUAUUCGGAAAACAUCCUUGAUAUUUUUAGCCAUGACUUUGUCUGCCAUGAAGUAGAGCUAUGUAAAUUAGAAAUUUCAAUACAACAUAAAAGAUCUUGUCUGUCUUAAAAUGAACUGAAAGAAUGCUAAAAUUAAUCUUAGUUCUUAUAUGAAAUAUAAAGUGAAUCAUUUAAA